AUGCUUCAAAAUUAUUUUUACAAUUUAGUCUUUCUGUUGUAUACAAUACCUAGUGCGGGACCUGAAAACUCGAUUUUAGAGCGCAAAAUUCCCGAAACUCGUAUAAUACACGGAUACGAGUGUUCGACAAAAGAAUAUCCAUUUGUCGUGAAGAUUAAAUUGGACUAUGAAGGGCAAACCGUGACUACUUGUGGAGGAACUCUUCUUCGACCGAAUUGGGUACUAACUGUAGCAAAUUGUUUUAUAUUUAAAGGGAUAACUACAAGAGAGAAUUUUUGGAUAGAGGCAGGUUGUGAUAAUUCUCAAUCACGACAAACUGUUCAAGCUGGCACUGCUCAUUAUCAUCCAAAAUAUAAUUCGUUCUAUUAUUCGCACGAUAUAGCAUUGGUGAAAUUACUACAUCCAAUAAAGUCUGCAGACGGUAUUGGUUACGCCACACUUCCAGGACGCGAUGAUCCAAUUUGCUCGAAAGCCGUUGUAAUGGGCUGGGGCCUUACGAGUAACAGCCUGGAUCCCUAUCAAGUUUCUCCACCUACUCUUCAAUGCGGGCACGUUGAAAUUAUCACCAAAAAACAAUGUUCAGAACUAUGCAAAAAUUAUCUUGCCUUCCAUGCCGAUAGUCAAAUUUGUACCUUUUCCAAGGGAAAUGAAGCCGAAGCGAGAAUGCGAGAUUCUGGAGGACCAUUAUUAUGCGGUGAUGUACAAGUUGGCAUAAUUUCUUUCAAACCUCUCGAUAUUUUAAGACCUGAUAUUGCUGCAGAUUUUCCAUUUGUAUAUACCAACAUACAAUAUUUUCUGGAUUGGAUCAAUGAUACGAUGAAAGAUAAUGAAACCUCGAGUGGAACUAUGCACUUGCGUACUAUUUCCAUUGUAUUUAUUAUUUUUUUCACACUAUUGCAUAAUGUUGAUCAAAGGGCAGUAACAAAACUUGGCUUAAGAUUAGAAAUCGAUUACCUGUUAAUUAUUCCUACACCUUCAUUCAACAUUAGAAAUAUAUUUAUAGGGAAAGGCAUUCAAAACAUUUUUCAAAACACCGAUUGGUCCAAUGGAGAGGGCAAGUUCAUUCAUGUAGAGUAUGGCGACAUCUUUAGGCCUACUCGAAUACUAUUCUGCUGA